ACACGCCGUCAUCGCCGUCCUUCCCACACCGGGAACAUGGCUUCCGCAACGAAACGACCAACCGCGCUCCUCAUGUUUGGCCUUUUUCUUGCGACUUUCAUACAGACCGCGCAGGCUUUCGACAGCGGAGACGCCGUGGCACUUCUCCUGGGAAUGACUCUUACGAUGGUGGGAUUGUGUGCAUGCCUGGGUUGGUACGCACGAAGGCGAAGCGGACAGCUCUGAUCAGCUCGCCCGCAGGCCCGUAUCCGGAAGUGCCCUCGCGUCUACGGAAUGUUUCUGGACGCAUGCGGUGAACACUUUAAUUUAGAAAAUGCGCCGUUGGGGGAGAUGGCUGCUUGAGAAAAGCUUGGGAUUCGCUCCCGGUACUGGGGAAGUGUUGAGACACGCUGGUACAGUGGACACGUAGCGGUUGACACGGUGAAGCGUUACGGCGCCACCGGGGCGCGGAAGCACACCUAUUCCACGCGUGUUUGCUGUGGACCUUCCCAGUUGGGUGGCAGUCCGUUCACAUGUCUGUCCCUUCUGGCAUAUUAGCGAUUGUGCACUCGAGUAAUUAUAGAGAUUUUUAGUACGGAAUAACAUGUAUUGCCCCCCCCCCCCCAUGUAUUGCUGCCGCUUCUUUCCCUUUUCUGUAAUAAACGUAAUGAAUAUGCUG